AUGACCACGGACACCAUUGAUGCUGUCACCUUCCAGGCCUUCUCCAGUUAUUCUUUGAGCGUUUACUGUUUGACGUCGCCUGAACUCAGCUCCAAAUGGAACUCCCAAAGAGACGUUUACGAGCGUUAUGACCAAGACAUAUUUGAUGCUUUGAUCCUGAGAUUUGAAGAGCCCGACUCCAGAAAUCGCUGGGACAGUCCGCUGUUUACUGUGCAGCCGGACGACACGCUCCCCUUUGAGGCCAUUUCUGACGCACUUUUGAAGCGAAAAGCUCCGCCUCCAAACCAGUCCACGCAAAGUCAACCGCUGUCGUCAGCGAACUUCCUGUACGAGCUGGACAGGGUCACUCAGGACGUGCUGAUGCACAUUAAACAUGACGCACACAAAACACAGUCCUGUCCUGACUCUGACAUGGGACAGUCCGCUCCAUAG